UCCUCCAACAGUCUCAGUGGGUGAUGUUUGGUGAAAUCUCACGCUUUGCUCCUGUUCCCUCACUGCGAGACCAGCGGCACGCUGAUAAACACUCGCGAGCCAUGCGAAAUUAAAGCUCUGCGACACAAACUCGUGAUGCAGCUAAUCUGAUAUAUCCGAGAUAUUUUACAUAAAUUAGUGGAUUAUCGAAGUUAUGCUAUUUUCCCGGAUCAUCGCAACAGCUUGAAAAUGAACCCUCAUUGCGCGCGCUGUGGGAAAAUUGUCUACGCAACUGAGAAAGUGAACUGCCUGGACAAGUAUUGGCACAAAGGAUGCUUCCAUUGUGAAGUGUGUAAAAUGACUCUCAACAUGAACAACUACAAGGGAUAUGAGAAGAAGCCUUACUGCAACGCGCACUACCCAAAACAGACCUUUACAAUUGUGACAGACACCCCUGAGAACCUACGGCUGAGACAGCAAAGUGAGCUCCAAAGUCAGGUCAAGUACAGGAAGGAUUUUGAACAGAGCAAAGGUCGGGGCCUUAAAUUUGUCUUGGAUACUCCAGAGCUGCAGAGACUGAGGAAGGCCCAGGAUCAGAUCAGUAAUGCAAAGUAUCACAAGGAUUUUGAGGUGUCAGGUUUGCAUGGGGUCACUCAGGGAAUGCGUGGAACAUACCUGGUACGGCCCCAGGUGGCGCCUAACCACGAAACGGUGGGGAACAGCACGCACAAGGGUGUCCAUCAGUGCAUCAUGGAGUUGGAUCGAAGACCUGGCGUCAUUGUGGCACCUGUUCUUCCUGGUGCCUACUAUCCCAGUGGCCACAGCCAUGGGCACAGCUACAUGCAUCAGACCAGCAUGCAUUCACUGAGGUCAAUGCAGCUGAGGUCACAACACACGAGUACGGGGAGUGCGAGCAUGACUGUGUACAGGGCCCUGUAUGACUACAUGGCGCAGGAUUACGAUGAGGUGUCGUUCCGGGAUGGUGACAUCAUUCAGAACGUGCAGUCGAUCGACGAAGGUUGGAUGUAUGGAACGGUACAGCGGACGGGGAGAUCAGGUAUGCUGCCUGCCAACUACGUAGAAGGCAUUCGCUAGGUGUCCUACAUCUCUCUCACUGAGCCUCGAAUAAAACGCCACAUCUGA